AUGAAACAACAAGCCCAGGGGGAGGAGAGAAGACGGCAGUCGUCAGCCCCCAGGACAACAAACUCUCUGACUCUUGCUGCCAUGCAGAAAGUCUCACGACCAGUCCAGGACCAAGUUCCCCCACAGCUCUCUUCCCAGUCCUCCCGAGUGCCUCAAAUCCAGCUCCUGGCCAGCAGCAACAGCAGCCAACGCAUGCCGGAGGACCAAGUCCUCUGUCCCAUUUGCCUGGAGGUUUUCCGAAAUCCCGUCACCACCGCCUGUGGCCAUAACUUCUGCAUGAGUUGCCUCCAGAGUUUCUGGGACCACCUGGCUGCCAUCGGGGAGACGUACUAUUGCCCCCAGUGCAGAGAGACCUUUCCCACCAGGCCCCGCCUCUGCAAGAAUGUCAUUCUUGGGGAGAUGGUGGCUUGCUUCACCCAGGCCAAGAGCCAGACCUCAGGGCCCCUGUGGAACCUGGCUGGCCCCACAGAUGUGCCCUGUGACUUCUGCUCCCCGCAGAAGCUGAGGUCAGUUAAGUCAUGCCUGCAAUGCAUGGCUUCCUUGUGUGAGAAGCACCUACGCAGCCACUUUGAGGACCAGGUGUUCCAGGACCACCAGCUCCUGGAGCCUGUGUGGGACCUCAAGAACCGCCUGUGCCGCAAACACCGCAAGCUCCGGCAGCUGUACUACCGCACCGAGGGCAGCUGCGUGUGCGGAACCUGCCUGCUGGAGGAGCACAAGAACCAUGACUCCACCCCGCUGGAGGAUGAACGGGCCCGUAAGGAGGUGGAAGUUCGGAAGAUUCAGGCCAACGUGGAGAACCAGAUGCUAAUCAUCGCCUCCGACAGCCAGAAGCACCACGGACGAGUAAGCUUUCUCUCGAAACUGAUCCAGACCAUGCGAGAUGAGGUGAACAACUGCUUCUCAGAGAUACUUCACGAGAUUAAACAGCUGCAGAUACAGGUCUUGGAGUUUGUGGAGAAAGAAGAGGCGGCUGCCCUGGGAAAGCUGGGCAGUUCUAUCCAGCAAAGCCACAACCGGCUCCUGACGUUGGAGGGGGACAGUGUCUGGCUCCAGAGCCUGCUCACCAACAGGAGCGACGAGCAGUUCCUGCAGGAGUUCCCCAGACUGAAGCACUACCCUGCCUGCAUGGAACCCUUGAUGGGCACCAGCUAUGAGGAGACGCAUUGCUUCCUUCAGCUGCCAGAGACUCUGGCCCAGCUCCGCACCCGGCUGAUGGACAUAGGCCUCAGCUUCGUCAACCAGCUGCUCUUGAAGGGCAUCAAGAUGAGCUCCUAUGAGGUGCUACCCUCAGCUGUGGACAGGAAAACACUACUUCAGUGUUACUGCAACCUGAACUUCGACCCCGCCACGGCCAGCGAGGAGCUCUUCUUGUUCAAGGAAACGCACUCGGUGUUGAACUUGGGCAUCCUUCUGGAGCCCUCGACCACCAACAGCCCUUUACCAGGCUUCAAGCAGUGGCCCCAAGUGUUGUGCUGCCCCGGCCUGUCGGAGGGUUGUCACUACUGGGAGGCCGAGGUUUCCAACUCGUGGAUAUGCCUGGGUGUCACGUACCGCCACUGUCCUCCGCUGGGCAGCCGCCCCAGUCGCAACAUCGUCUACCUGCUGGGCCGCAACCCUUACUCGUGGUGUCUGGAGUGGGACUCGCUCAAGUUCUCGGUGUGGCACAACAAUACGCAGACGGUGCUGCACGGCUCCUACCACCACACACUCGGCGUGGCGCUGGACUUCGGCGCCGGCUGCCUGUCCUUCUAUGGGGUGACGGGUGACAUGAGCCUCCUCUAUCGCUUCCUCACCUCCUUCCUCGAGCCUCUGUACCCUGCGGUCAUGGUCGGCAGCGGAGCCUCGCUCACACUCAAGCAGUACUCCGAGGCAUAG